AGGAUUUUACACUCGUGCGUUGUCGCCGCGACUCGGCGUUUUGCCCGGGUGAAGCAACAAUCCCAUCGCGUCUGCCUCCCACACGCAAUGUGAAUGGAACCGAAACAAAGAGCGAGUAUACUGCGGAUAGGCACGGAUCUAGCGUCUGUGACGCCUCCGCCGCCUCCGCGUUUGCUACUACAGUAUACACAUACAGGACGAACUGAAUCCUGGACGCUAUAAGCAUACUCAACUCUCGUAGGCGCGCGUUUUUCAAUGAAAACGCACGCACGGGACGAGGACGGCGAAUCGAUAACCGCGUGGCGGCGGUGGCGGCGGCGGCGGCAGGACUGCAGCAUCCUUGGCGCGAAUGUGGAGCGCGCAGUCGGCCGGCCGUCGCGCGACACGCCACUGCACGUGAGCGCAACAGUCGCGAGCACGAAUCGCACACACGAUCUUCGCGCGGAACUAAUUUAUGACUUCAUCAGCGCCUAACUUUACAAAAUUUCAUUUCGCACAUUUCACCCAAUGACAAUCAUCGCCUACAUUAAAUUACCACUAUUAUAAAAUUCUUAUUUUUUCAUCCUUAACAAAUAAAAGUGAUUUAAAAUAAAUCAUGGACCAAUAAAUAAUCAAAUUUAAACAAUUGUAAAUAAAUUUGUUGGUGAAUUGACAUAAAAAUACAGGAAUAAGACGAGGAACGCACAUCGCGCAAGGAGAUUCCUUCUGAAACAUGUUCGGCAACAUUAGGUUGAUAGUAUGUUGAGAAUCAGCAUGCUACUCAGCUGCAUUCUGAUGACGAACAGGGGCACGACGCCGACGGCGUUCGCCGACGACGUGGCGCACGUGCAGACAGCGUCGGCGAACGAGGUGGACACCGUUGGGGGCGCGUCGGGGGCGGAUGGUGUCGGCCCCAAGGGUGGCAAUCGUGACGACUAUGCCGUUACUUGCUACAUCUGCGUCAACGUCUCCGACAACGACAUCUGCAAUCAGUACGCCAUCGAUCGACCCUGCAAGCCAGGUGAAACUUUUUGCCACACGCUACACAUUAUGGACUCCAAGGGCACGUCCGUUUUAGUCAACAAAAAAUGCACGGGAGCGAAAGAAUGUCAACGAAAUAAAGUUGGAUGCGUUGAAAUUGACACACAACUAAUGUGUGUAUCAUGCUGCGAUCAAGACUAUUGCAACGUAAACAUCCCCUCGAAUGCUUCCACAGCGAUCUACGACGACAAGAUCACCAAAAUGCGUUCGCUGGCAAAGAACCUCUUCAAUACCGAGCGCGAGAAGGCUCUCACGACGACGAUAAAGUCCGCCAGCGCCGUGCGGCCGCUCACCGGUGGCGGCUGGCGCGCUACACUCACCGCCGCCCUUACUAUACUCACCAUGCUCGGCAACACGUAAACAACGUCACAAAUGUUAAAUGCAUCAUGGAAUUUGAUAAUGUUUAAGAGUUUAAGCAUAAAUAACAACAACAACACGCACCACAAGACGACAAAUGGAAAUUGUUUAUAAAGCGGACGCAGCACGAGCUAAACAAAAAGUUAAUAACAAAUCAAAUCAAAGAGAAUAACAAAUAUUUUUUGACAACACUUUCUUCUUAACAAGUAAUUAACAAAUACGUUAUUGCAACUUUUAUCUUUUGCAUAAAUUGCGUUGAUUUUGUUGUUGUAGGUAAAAUAAUAAGAUAUAUUGUUAUUGUUAAUUUAUUUAUGCCGAAACACAUUUUCAAACACAUAUAAGAAUUUAACUACUGUAAAAAACAAUAUUUUUAGGUGUAAAACCUCAAAUUUUUAGGUUAAAAUCACAGAAAAUGCAAUUUUAAGUUUAUAACCUCAAAUGUUCUUCUAAAAAUUAUAAUAAUUAAAUUAUUAUAUGUGUUUGAAACAAAUUCGGUUCAUAUACUCGGUACACUGCGAACCGGGUGCAGAAUUGAGGUUAGGAUUAACAUUUCAGUAUACAUUAAUGCAAAUAAUUAAAAUAAACAUUACACUCACCAAUUAAUUGAUAAAGAAUAAAACAAAAUGCACAAUUUUACUAUUAAAACAAUUCGAGAACUAAAAUAAAAACAAUAAAGUGAUAUAACGUUUAAUAAACUUAAAAUUUAAAACUUAAAUUUAAAGCAAAAACUAUUAUAAUAACUAACAUAACAACUAACACUAAGAUAAUUAAUAUUAAUAAUUAAAUUACCAAUUAACAAAGUUAAUAACAAAAAUGAAUAUCUGUAAAUAGAUCAUCAAAGAAUGUAAAAAUUGAAUUAAUCGAUUACUUAGCAAUUAAGAACUACGACUAAUAAUAUAAUUAAUUGGCGCACUAAUUAACAUUCACGACUUACACACGAGUAUGACUAUCGUAGCGGCUAAAAUGAUGAAUUAAUUAAUUAGUUCGUAAUUAUUGCAUUUCUUCUCGAUGUUGAACGAUUCAUAUGACGGCGAUAGUAGGCAACUCUAUUAACACAUAGAAUACAAGAAAUGUUUGUGAUUUAUUUCGGUUUUUAUUUAUUGAUAAGCAACUAAAUUUGAGAGUAAUAAAUUUAAAUGUGAUACGAUCGGCGAUAGGUGUACAUAAUCGUUGGUGAAGACAAAAUGGCGGACAUGGAUUACAAAUGUAAACUUAUAGAUAUAACUACAAUGCGAAGGAGAUGUUAAUGAAAUGAUAAUGAAACAAUUGGAUAUUUAGAUGAUUUAAUUGUUGUAUUUCAAGUCUUUCUCACUUUGUCGAUGAUUGUGAUAUUCAGAUUUUAAAAUAUUUCUAUGUACAAAGGUUAGAAUUGAUUGAAAAUUGAAUUUUGGCAAUGUGUAAAGUGAAAUGGUCAAAAAAACCUUUUAAAAUGUUUUUAGCUAUUAUUUGAUUACUUAAAAUCACAAAGAGAUACAUACAUUAUUAUUUAAUUAAAUAAAAAGUAAUAAAUUUUAUAUAUUUUUCAUUUAUUAACAGUUUUUAAUUAAUUUUGACAAAUCUAGUUUUGUUUCAUUAUUACGGCGUAAAUUAAGUAUUAUUUCAAAAUAUUUAUAAUGAAUCUGAAGAUAUGUUUAAUUCUGAAUCUACUGGUGAAAGAAUAAUUGUUGUAUUGUUUUUUGUUUAAUAAUUAUUAACUAUUAAGUAUUGGAAAACAUGUUUUCAGCGCAUUUAAAGCUGUUAAUGUUAUAUGUGCAGAUUAACGGUCUAUGUUUAGGUUAAAACCUGUUUUUCUUUACUUUUUAGUUAAUAACUCAAGAACUAUACAACAUAAAACGAUUAUUUUUAAACCAAUCGAACCAAUAUAAUAUUUUGCGCCAUAUUAGACCUGACUUUUAGUGUUUACCUAACAAGUUAUUUAGUUAUACGCAGUAAAAGUAUUUAUUUUUAAUUUUAACAAUUUAAUAUUUUAAUAUAUCAUAACCUCCAACAAAAUAUUACGUUUUAUAUAAAAUAUAAUACAUUAGAUACAUAAUUCAAUACUCUAUCAAUCACCAUUAAAAUAAUUAUAUUAUCUCUUUGCGUUUAUGAGUAAAUAAUUAAUAACUACCAAAUACUCCUAGGUUAUUAAUUUUAGACCGUUGUAACUUACUUAAUACAAUGCCACAUUACAAUUUUCAAUAAUUUCUAACUAUGAUAUUAUUUUCAUGUUUAGAUGUGAUUUUCUUUACACUUCUUACGUAAGCCUUUAAAAGGUUUACAAAACUAUCAAUUUUACUUUACUUGGAAUGUGAAUUUUUAUAUUAAUAACUAAUAAUCAAAUGUGAACAUGAGGUUGCUAAACGAGAACACAACGGUGGCUACAAAACUUAAACCUAAUCAAAAACUCAAUCAAAUACCUAUGUACUCUUCUUAUCUCUUUAUUAUCUUUCUAUUAUCUCUAUAUUACGAAAAAUACCAACUUUAUCUUGCAUAGAUAACAUGAAUUGUAAUUAUGCUAUUAUUAUUGCGAUUGCAAAGCAGUUUAACAAUGUGCAAGGGAGACAAUUAUGUACUUAACUCAUUAAGUGUUACUUAUGCACACGCAGAUAACAUUUAAUUGUGCAAUUGAACAAAUAUUGAAUGCUGUUAGUUGAGAGAACGAUGCAAAGGAACAAACAGAGCGAAAGUGGUCGAUAAGCAAUUUUAUCAAUAUUAUUAUAUGGAUUAUUACAGAUUAAACAAAAGUACAACAAUAAAAAUGAACAUACACAA